AUGAGAUAUGCUGGGCUUGCUCUGUUGCUGCUUACGGGUUGCUGCUCUAUCGUCAGUGUGAAUGGCUUUGUUGCCGCGGGCGGGACAGGUUGGCCACGGAAACUUUUAGGACACAACUCCUUCAAUCCAGGAAGAAGUCGUGGAAGAGUGAGGGAAGGAAGUUUUUCGUUGAGAUGUGAUGCUCAGGAGCAAAGUGUUUACGUGUUCGACUUCGAUGGAGUCCUUUGCAACACUGUCUCAAACUACGUUGAAACCGCAGUCCUCGCUGCCAGACAGCUUUGGCCUGAAACCAUGCAGGAGUGCGCCUAUCUGAGCGCAAGGGAUGCUGGCGUGAGGAAGAGUUGGGUGGGCUAUGACUGGAGCCAGUAUGAGGCUGAUGAAGGAGGUCAUGUUCCAAGGUGGCUAGAGGAGAAGUUGAAGCAACUGAGGCCCGUAGCUUCGGACCCUGCAGACCUGGUUCUUGCCGCAAGACUCUGCGUGUCUGAAGCCGUAACAGCCAAGCGGUCGCCCUCAGGAGAGCGGCCAUUGUCAGCAGGAGAGAUGGUUGAAAAUUGGGAUUUCAUGAGAGACGUGCUGUUGCACAAGUACCAGUGCAAAAAGAACGACCUGCUCAGCACCUUCACAGCACAGGAGGCUGCUGGACAAGACGACAUCGUUCAUUGGAUGGAGAAAAACCCUCUGUAUCCUGGGAUUGACAUAGCUUUGAGAAGCUUCGGGGAUAAAAUUUACGUCCUAACCAGCAAUGAACAAGAUUUCACCAACUCGGUGUUGAAAAGAUCAGGGGUCGAGCUGGAGCGAAGCAGAGUCGUGAAAGUAUCGCAGGACACAAAGGUUCAGGCAUUGUCUGAAAUUGCAAAAGAAUAUCCGGGUACGGCCUUGCAAGUCUUUCUUACCUUUACGUUGAUUUUUGCAAACACAGAGCACCGCCUGCAUUACUUCGAUGACAACGCAGGAGUGAUCAAGAAUGUUGUUUCGGAUCUUUUCCUCUCUUCGCGCGUGAACGUGUACUUCGCCUCAUGGGGAUACAGUACGCCGGGGCAGAAGGCGUCGGUUGCAGCAUGGCCACGAGUGCAACGAGUAGAAUUGAAUGAGUUGAAUGAAUUGAUGCAUUAA